UUAAACAUGAACGGACGUACUUUAGUACUUAUCGUCGUCGUUUUCAUUUCUGCGGCGGCGGCGGAAGAAUAUAAAAUUGUCACGAAACACGAAGACGAGCUCGACAUUAUUUUCCCCCCUCGUCGAAAUUACACGCCAGAUUGGGACUCCCUGGAUACUCGCCCGCUGCCAAAAUGGUAUGACGAAGCAAAAGUCGGGAUUUUUAUCCAUUGGGGAGUUUAUUCGGUGCCUCCUUUCGGCUCGGAAUGGUUUUGGUGGAACUGGAAAGGCAUCCAUGAUGAAAAUUACGUGAAAUUCAUGCAAGAUAAUUACAAACCUGGAUUCACGUAUCAAGAAUUCGCGCCAGAUUUCACUGCUGAACUCUUUAAUCCGCUGGAAUGGGCGAAAAUUUUCGAGCAAUCUGGCGCCAAAUAUAUCGUACUGACAAGUAAACAUCAUGACGGCUUCACAUUAUGGCCGAGCAAGUAUUCUUUCGGAUGGAAUGCCGUCGAAAAUGGGCCGCAUCGUGAUUUGGUGGGCGAAUUAAGGGAAGCUGUAACGAAAAAUACCAAAUUACGAUUCGGUUUGUAUCAUUCGCUGUUUGAAUGGUUCAAUCCUGUCUACUUAGCUGAUAUAAAAUCGAAUUGUUCCACGAAUAAUUUCGUCAAGAACAAAGUGUGGCCCGAGAUGAAAGAAAUAAUUGAAAAGUACAAACCCGAAGUUUUAUGGUCCGAUGGCGAUUGGGAGACAGACGACACUUAUUGGGAGUCGGAAGAAUUUCUGGCGUGGCUUUAUAACGAAAGCCCAGUGCGGAACUCGAUCGUCACGAAUGAUCGCUGGGGACGCGGAACUGGAUGCAAACAUGGCGACUUCUAUAAUUGCGCCGACAGAUUCAAUCCAGGGACACUUCAGCAUCAUAAAUGGGAAAAUGCCUUCACGAUCGACAGAAAAAGUUGGGGAAAUCGUGGAAAUGCCAAAUUCGAGGACUUCAUGUCAGCUAAAGAGAUCAUCCGGGAACUUGUGACAACCGUUAGUUGCAAUGGAAACAUUUUAAUUAACGUAGGACCUACGAAAUUUGGCACUAUUGAACCUAUUUUCGUUGAACGUUUGACCCAAAUGGGACGUUGGCUCAAAAACAACGGCGAAGCAAUUUACGGAUCCAUUCCAUGGCAACACCAAAACGACUCACUCACGAAAGACGUGUGGUAUACAGCUGAUAAGAAAAUUCAUCGCAUCGUGGAUAAAGAAAACAACACGACGACCCUUACACAAAAUGUCUACGCGAUUGUCUUGGAAUAUCCAUACGAAACAGGCUUCGUUGAGUUACGAGACUUGGCAAAAACCUUCAAUGCUGAUGUUCCUGUCGAACUAAUUGGUUUUUCAGGUAGAAUUAAAACGGAAAGUUCUCGAAAAGGAGUCAUUUUAUAUUUUCCAAACAAGCAAGAGAUCGAUGUUUAUGGCCUGAGCUUGGCUUGGACAUUCAAAGUCAGUACUGUGGUGAAAAAAAGUUCGACAUUCAGUGAAUGAGUGAAUUUUGGUCAAUGUUAAAUAAUUUUUUAUUUUUCAUUUUUUCUUUAAACAAAUGCAAAUACUAUAUAAUCAU